ACCAUGUUCAUUCGCCUCAGUUUCUGUGUUGAGUAAAUUGAUUUUUAUGUACCAGGAUACUUAGUUAAGCUGAUUGUUUUUCUGUAAAACCUUUGGUGAUCUUUGCUGGAAGCAGUGUAGAGGAAUAACUUGGUGGACAGAAGAAUCUCACAAACAGCUCCGUCAUUAUGUGAAGCAGACAACGGAAAAUGAUGGCACUUAUCCCAGGGACUCCCACCUCCCAGUUAUGAAUCGGCACACAAAUUUCAUCAGAAGAUGGGAUGCAGCACUCUCAAGAUUAUGAUCUACUGCACUGGUAAAUAACGGAUUACCAACACAGGACAAGUCCCUUCUUUGACCAUGGGAGCUGGAAAGGAAAUGCAUGCACGGACAGUAAAAAUGAGCACCCCGGGGGUACUGGCUGUGGUGACAGUGUUUUAUAUGAUUCCCGGCGGGUUGCUGAGUGAUAUAAGAGAUACUCGGGGUCUGGAAGGCCAACUGCUGGCCCAAGGGUCCAGUGUUCUGCACCAUCGGCAAAAGAGAGGCUGGAUUUGGAAGCAGCUGUUUGUCCAGGAGGAAGAUCCCAUUUCUCGCAUUAUUGGCCAGGUGAAAUCUGACUCUGACCAAGGUGAAUUUACCAUCCAGUAUAUUUUAUCAGGAGAAGGUGCUGGAGAUGUGUUUGAGAUGGACGAGUAUUCUGGAGAAAUCCGCACACUGAAGAAGCUGGACCGUGAGGAAAAGGCCUUCUACGUCCUUCAGGCCCAGGCCAUAAACAGGAGAACCAAUGAGCCAGCAGAGCCCCAGUCUGAGUUCAUUAUCAAAGUGCAGGACAUCAACGACAAUGCCCCACAGUUCCUGAACGAACCUUAUGUUUCCAGCAUCCCUGAGAUGAGUCCAGUCGGGACCAUAGUGGCCCAGGUGACAGCCACAGAUGCGGAUGAUCCCAUGUUCGGCAACAACGCCAAGCUGAUCUACUCCAUCCUGCAGGGGGAGCCCUACUUCUCUGUGCAGCCAAAGACGGGCAUCAUUGUAACAUCUUGGGCUAAUAUGGACCGUGAAGCCAGGGAGGAGUACCUGGUGGUGGUGCAGGUAAAGGACAUGCUGGGCCUCAGCGGCGGUUACUCCUCCUCCACCACGGUUACCAUCAGCCUGAGUGAUGUGAACGACAAUGGGCCCACCUUUCAGCAACAUCAGUAUACCUUUGUUUUACCUGAAAAUUCAGCCGUUGGCACCACAGUGGGCAGCAUUAUGGCAGACGACGGAGACAUUGGUAUUAAUGCCAGAAUGACAUACCGUCUGAAGGAUGACCUGAAAGAAAGCUCAACUUUUAUAAUCGAAACUCACCCAGAGACACAGGAAGGAGUGCUCCUCCUGGCUAAGCCUUUGGACUAUGAAUCAAAGAGACAGUACGCGAUGGACGCAGAGGCAAUUAAUGACCACCCAGACACUCGGUUUCUGACGCUGGAUGAGUUCAGUGACAGGACGAAGCUGAAGAUAUUUGUGGAGGACGUCGACGAGCCGCCUGUCUUCUUCUCAGCACUCUACCAGUGGAAGGUUCCUGAGAAUGCGGCGGUGGGAACCGUGGUUGGCACUGUUAGUGCCAGAGACACUGACGCAGUCAACAAUCCCAUCAGAUACUCAAUUGUAAAGAAGACCGAUGCCACCAACACUUUCAAAAUAGACCCAAACAAUGGAACCAUAGCAAUUGCCAGAUCUUUGGACCGAGAAACUUCAGACUGGCACAACAUGAGUGUUGAAGCAAAAGAAAUCACACAGAACCAUUUAUCCUCCUCCGUGGUGGUGUUCAUCACCGUGCUGGACGUAAACGACAACAUGCCAAGGCUUGCAAGGGAUUACCAGCCAUAUAUCUGUGAAGGCACGCAGGCGGGAGAACUCAUUCAGCUUCUCAGUGCUGUUGACCCAGACGAGGCUGUGGAGGAGCACCACUUUUACUACUCUAUGGUCCCUGAUGAGCGCAUCAAUCCAAACUUCACCAUCAGAGAUAAUCAAGAUAACACGGCAGGCAUCUUGGCACGCAGGAGUACGUUCACACGUAAGGAUCGAACUGAGUACCUGCUUCCUGUGGUGGUGACCGACAGCGGCACCCCAGCCCUCUCCAGCACCACCACUUUGACCAUCAGCGUCUGCAGCUGCCUGCCGGCUGGCCACUGUCCCACAGGAGGGGUGGAAGCACUCGCUCUCUCUGGGGUCAGCAUGCAAACCUUGAUCGGGGUUUUAGUCUGCCUGGUCAUGCUCACUGCGCUGUCGGUUCUAAUGCUGAUGGUGAGGAGGCACCGGCGUAAGCACCAGGAGGGGACGGAGGUGGAGGCGAAGGAGUUGGAGCUGCCUUUCUCCCAGAAGAUGCUUCAUUACGGGGAAAGUGAGGAGUGGGGAGCCGGCCUGGACUUUUGCCAGCCUGUCGUCCCACUGCGCCCUCAUCCGAGGAGGAGGGAGAGGAGGCUGCGCAGAGAGGAAGUCAGGGCCAGCAUACGGAUGUCACUCCGAGAGUCACACCUCAUUGGGCCAGAGGACGAGGUCUUCAGGCAGUUUAUCCUGGACAGGCUGGCAGAAGCUGAUCAGGAUCCUUAUGUCCCACCGUUUGAUUGCCUUCGGACUUAUGCUUAUGAAGGGUCAGGGUCCCCCUCAGGGUCUUUGAGCUCACUGGACUCCUCCUCUUUGGAAUUUGAACCUGAAAAGCCUGUGUUUAACUCCAAGCCUUAUGUAGUGAGGCUCACCCCUUGGUAUGGCGGAGCAGAGGAGGACACAAUAUUCUAAAUAACUAUUUUAAUGUUUUGUAUUUUUAUAUUAUUAAUAAUACUUGUUAAGGGCUGACCAGACCGUUUACAAAACUUUGUGUAGAACCCAUACUAAAACUGUACGUACACCCAAAAAAGGGCAUACCCCCACCCCCAAAAAAAGGAAUUAUGAUUUAUAAAACCAUGCACACGCACACCAGCACGCAAUUUCCCUUUAUAGAUCACAGCUGUACCUGAAUGUUUGCAUACCUGGUUCCUCCUCAGGUUCUGCCCUCUGCAGGCCCAGAUUCAACCAUAAAUGGUCGAUGCAAAGCACCUCAUGAAUGAAUCUGUAUUUAAAUGAGUCAGCUGAUUUCUUUUUCAUGGUGUAACGGCCACCAUGGAGAAAGAGCAGAGAAUCAGUCAAAAAAAUUUCACUGAGAGGAGUUUAUUAAAUGUGAAAAUCAGAGGUAAAAGCAAAAGAUGUUGUCCACAUUAGAAGAACUUGUUAAAAAGUGAAAUCGAUUGCAGUUUUAGGCCGGAGAUGAGCCUCGCGGAGCUUAUGGGAUGAUCCACAGCUGAGCGCCGCAUGGCUGUGAGCAGUAUUAAAGCACACCUUCUCUGCGCUCUGGGGUUUGGAGAGCAGGUUAGGACCCAACACGUGGGGGGUUUAUAUACACUGUCCCCUGUAGGUUAUAGCAGAAUGCAAUACUUGGAAUCUCAAGCAAAAUAUUUGCCAGUCGUCAUCACUGGCCAGGAAAUCUUCCAUCCCUGAGACUGCACUCCCUCCUAAUUCUCCCAUUUUCAAGGUCUUCCAGCAGCGCCACUGAAUCCGCUGUGCAGUAUUACACAGAAGUGUAUUCAACCGUUUACAGCAACUAAAGUAAUUGCCUCACACCUUGUCAGAAUUUAUCUGUUAAUUAGCGGUACGCGUCACCCUGAGAGGAAUGUGAUGGUAGAAAACCUUGAUAAAAUGUUGCGUGGACUUUUGUUUAAGAUUUAAGUUGGCUUAAGGGCAUUUUUUUAGUUAUUUGAAAGGUUGUUUUGUGUCACCAGCUCAAGAGUGAAUAACAGUGGGGUUUUGAAUGCUUAUAAUAAAGCUGAUCUAUGAAAUCUGUUAUGGAGUGAAAUUGAACAUCUGAGAGGAAUCAUCGUUCAGUUGGCUGUCUCUGUGAGGACAGCAUAUUUUCCUGCCAAGUUUUUUUUUUUACAGAUCCCAACUUUUAUGGGGAAAGUGAUGUACACACAUUUCAUGCCUUAUUUUGUGGAUAUGCAAGCUUUAUAAACGAGACCCCAGGACAGUUCAUGUUCUGUAAGCUUUAAUCAAA